AAUUGUUUUGAUUUCGACCUGCUCACAUUUCUAUAACUUAGCAAAAGCUUUUCUGUUUUCUUUUCCCAUUCCUCCAUCCUACAACACAAAGCAGCCAACAUCUUCAUAUUUACACACUUUUGUCUCCGACAACCAAAAUCCACCAUGGAGUAUGAGAUGACUGAGGCCCAGCUGGGUCAAUUGUAUAGUGUUCCUCCGCUCUUUACUAUAGGGAAUAUUUUCCAGCUAACUUCUUUCCAGGGUGCUCUAUUCUGCCGAGUUCAGUGACUUUAAUAUAAGGUGUGGCAACAGGUUCUGGGCCGUCCACAGAGCCAUCCUGCGAUGCAAGUCUGGCUUCGAUGUUAGGCGUGGAAAUAGCUAUCUAAGCUGAGCUAACCGGAACCCAAAGGACUAUACCGACUACAAACACAGCGCUGAAACAGUUGAUUGGCUCAUCACCUGGAUGUAUACUGGUCGUAAGUGUAGCUACUUUUUCAAACUUCGACUCUCUGGAGGGAAGUUUUCUGAUUAAUCUAACUAUGCCACAGGACUCGAGAGUAUGGCCUUCGACCACCCCAACAAGCGGUGGGAGGCAUGUCCGAUGCUCUACCAGGCUGCGCGUUUCUACGGUAUGGCUGAUCUGGCUGACUAUGUCCUGGAGUUUCAGCGAGAGAUCAUGAAGGCCACAGCCUUGAAGAUCCAGGUGAUUUACUACGAACGAUGCAUGGCCGACUAUGGCACGAGGAACCAGUUCCUCGACAACGUGGAGGAGGGCAUGGAUCUGCACGACCUGAUGCUCGGGAUCCAUCUGGCCUGCGAAUCCGAUGAGUUUAGCCCUCUCCAGGAGGCCUGGGUCGACUUUUGCCAAGCCACCAUGUUCUGGAUCCUUUCGGUCGAGCGCUUUGAUGGAUUCCUCCGGCAGACGGUUCCCGCGUUUCGAGAUCGCGUACUUGAUAAGAUGGAUCCGAGAGACGGUCCGGAUUACACCCCCGAACGCUGCAAGGACUGUCGCGAGAACCCGUUCCUUCGCGAUGAGGGUCACUGGGUUCAGGCGUGGGAUAUGGGCUUCGGUAUCGAAGGACGAUGUGACCAGUGUGGUCCUGAACUUCCACUGUUCAAAUGAUGCCUUCGUUAGAAGACUUGGCUUGGCCUUGGCUUCGGUUUAUCAUGAAGGCGUGGAGAACAGGUUGAGGAAAUGCUAGGUAGUACAUGGCAUUGCACAGCGUAUCUGCUGAUUGCAAAGAGAAGGAUGCUAAUGAUGAUUAAUAUGGGAUGAGGUACGGAGCAUGAAAUGGAACUCGGAAAAGUUAAUCCCUAGAUCAACAGAUCUCGGGUUUACCAUCAGUAUUCCGUAGGUAGGCUAGCUGCAGUCUU